GAGGGGCUGUCCAUAAAAAAUCUUUUCAAUUCUCGGGGUUGCGUUCCGAACUUCGGUUCGCUUAACAUCAACCAAGGCGAUGAAGGAUCUUGGCAAUAGUUGAGAACAAGCUCACAAUUCAACAAGCUAAGAAACAAUUUGAUCAACAACACAACAUUACACAACACAACAACAUGAAACUUGCGUCAUUUUCAGCCCUUAUCUCCUGGACCCUUUUUCUUUGCAGAGGGCACGCAGAGGACGUCAGUCGAGAGCUGAUGGGCAUCCCGGGCUUUAUUGUUACCGUCACAUCUACUGUGGGCUCCAAGGUUGCAUGGCGUGUUAUCGAGAAGGAUGAUACUCCCGCAGUCCAGGAUCCCAACGAGGUCACCAUCGAAUUCGUGCAUGCAACCGACUAUGCAGAUGGCGAGAGUCGUGUUGAUCUCCAAGAGGGCGAAGAGUAUUGCCUGAGAGUCUACAAAGGAAGCAACGAAUGGGAGUUUGGACCCCGAAGCGGCAGCAACACGCUCGAGGUGUUGUGUUCCGACGGCAUCAAACGAACUCCGGUCAAGGACUCGCGGAUCGUCGUGAAUUCUCCGAGCCUUGAAGUGACUUGCUUCAAAGCAGUGGAAGAUCUCUUGUCGAAGUAUCCACCAAAGCUUGUCAGUUGCACUAAUGGUAAUUCGUGGGCCGAAAGAGGACACCUCGUUGCAGCCAUUGGUCCUUACGAUUCCUGGGUGGCAAAAGAUGUCAGCGAGGAAGCCUGGGAAGUAUCCGGUGACACGAAUCUUCCUGGCGAGCACAGCGGCAAGCGUGAUGCAUUUCGCCAUUGCUAUUUCACUUGUCGCUUGACACAAGAGAUUGGACUCGAACAAGCGUUGGAGGCUGGUGACAUUCACGAAAGUUGUUUCUUCCAAACCCAGGAGGACCAGGACAUGGACCUCCACAACAACCGUGUAGGCUCAGAACUUGGAGACGGCACAGACGAUUCUGACGAAUGCAACACCGGAUGCCUUCAAGCUGUAGAGGAUGAGAAUCUUCUUUGGUUGUCUCGCCGCCUUCUUCGCGGCAUUCAGUAAAACAAGCGGAACCCUUGCCCUGGGCACACACAACAAAAGUUCAAGAGAUCAAAAGCCAGAUAGAGACUUGAGCCCGAGACAAUGUCAUUAGUUUAUCGCUUUUAUUUUUAAAAAGGAAUUGAACACGACCGCAGAUCAAGCCUUGCGAC